CCAUCGCAGUGGUUUAAAGCGUACACCAGGGUUCAGCAGGCAGUUUCGUUCUGUUUUGCCCUUCUUCCCUGAGGCUUCAGGUCCAUUUUAAACCCCAUAGAGAGCCUUUGUUCGGUUCGGACGCAGCAGCAGGAGGACACUCUCUGCAGCAUCAUGGCGUCCGGAAGCUCCAUGAUGAAUGGAGACGUGUCGCGCUCCUCUGGUCAGCCUGGAACGUUGGAGGAGACUCUGCAGCAAAUGAACAUCCUGAUUCAGGAGAACCGAGACCUGAAAGAAGCCCUACGUCAAACCAACCUGACCAUGAAGGAGCGCUUUGAAGGCCUCUCUGCGUGGCGUGAGAAGCAGAAGCAGGAGCGCGACUUCCUGGAGAACCAGCUGAAAGAGGCUCAGAGGAACAUGGAGUCUGUGGUUGGCCAAAACCAAGAGCUUAGCAGGAAGCUGGCAGACGUUGGGAAGGCUGGAGAGGCUCCAGGGGAAUGCCAGGCUGCAGAGGUGGAGGCUCUGCGCGUCCAGGUCGCCCGCCUGCAGGCGGAGAAGAACGACCUGGUGGCUCUGAACUCUGAGCUGCAGCUGAAGGCAGAGCAGGACUCCCGAGACGACUCCUUCAUCGAGAUCAUCAGAGUCACGGACGGAGGCGUGGACGCCGUGAACGAAGCACGCGGCGCAGAGCGCGGCAGGUGUCCGGAACUGGGCAUGACCGCAUCCCGACUGGACAACGAGGAGGCGACGGUCAGCCAGCUGCUGCAGUCCCUGAGGGACGAGACGCAGCGCUGCGAGCGUCUGCAGGCGGAGCUGCAGACCUCCGGUGCCAGAUUCAGCGAGCUGCAGGAAAAGAAGCGUGGCGUGUCCGAGUCCACACAGACCUCCCAGACCGAACCGAAGGACGACUCCGCCAAAGAGGAGAAGGCUGCCUCAGAGGUGGAGAACCUGAAGUCCCAGGUGAGGACGCUCUUCAGAGACCUGCAGCAAGCUCAGAGCAAGCUGGACGAUGCAGAAGGCAUGAAGAAGAACCUGCAGGACAGGUGUCGGGAGCUGGAGCAGGAUGCCGCCACCCUGAAGGCUCAGCUGCUGGAGAAACAAGCCGUCCAGUCGGAGAACGACCGGCUGAAGCUGCAGCUGGGCAGCGUGCAGACGCAGAACCUGGUGGAGCAGAAGAAAGCCGAGGACGAGAGGACCAACCUGGCCCAGUUAAAAGACGCCUACACCAAGCUGUUCGAAGACUACAACGAGCUGAAGGAGGAGAGGAAGAAGAGAGAGGCCCGGCUGGUGGAGAAGGAGCUGGUGGAGCAGCUGCAGCGCCAGCUGACCACGGCCGAAGAAGCGCUGGCUGCUAAGCAGAGCAAGAUUGACAUGAUGACCCAAGAGAUGCUGCUGAAGGAGAAGGAUCUGGAGACCAUCUCCGUCUUUCAGGCUCAGGCGGAGGUCUACUCCUCGGAUUUCUAUGCCGAGCGAGCGGCGAGAGAGAAGCUCCACGAGGAGAAGGAGCGCCUGGCGGCUCAGCUGGAGUACGUGAAGAAGAUGAACACGCAGCUGCAGGACGAGGUGGAUUCUCUGGGCCGGCGUUCCCUGAAUGAGCUGCAGCAAAGACACGUCAUUCCCGGAGGAAACCCGCACGGAGCCGGAGCCUCUCUAGUGGGAAGAAGUACCGACUGGCAGCAGCAGGGGAACAUUCCUGAGCACGCCUGCCCCAAGUGCAACGAGAUCCUGCCCGACCUGGACUCCCUGCAGAUCCACAUCAUGGACUGCAUCAACUAGACCGCCAUCCCCAAAGAUGCUGAAUUUGCACCUAAAUCUGAGUCUUCCUCUGCUGUGACACGUAUACCUGUACCGUCUGACCCCCGAAGCGUCACGCCACGGCUCUCCACACCAGAGCCCCCGGUUAUGCAUGUGAAGAGAGUCUCCGUUCUAACAUGUAGAUGAACUUUUUUUUUUUCUGUUUCUCCAACAGUCUGGCGUUGAAUGUAAUUUAUAUAUAUUUAAAUGGGUAAAGAUUUCUGUUAGGUUCAGAUUCAGGGGGAAAAAAUCAAUAAAAAUAUGAACAUGAGAUGAUUAAAAAGUUGCAUUUUUUUUACGCUUUCGUGAACCUAAUUUAAAAAUGAUCUUCUGUGAGGACUUCCAUUCAAAUUCAGUUGUAAUUGCAGAAUUAAUUCAACUUCCAAAAAACUAAAACUAAGAUGAUAGUUUUCUUUGUUCAAUCUUUUCUACAGCCUCAUUUUGAACAGAAGAUGUUCUUGCAUUUGUUUUAGACUCUAGUUAUUCCAUAUACGGCAAAACUAAACGACCUGCAGACGAUGUUUAUCUGGAUAUUUGUCAACCACAAUCCUGCUGUUUCACUGUUUUCAUCUGUUUGGAAAUAAUUCUUUAUUUUUAAGCUUCAGAUAAAAUGUGUAUUAAUUCUAGUCUAUUUCUUAGCAUAAUAUCUCUGUUUUUUUAGUUGUUUCUGUGAAACUUAAGUUACGAUGAUUUAUGCAGAUCAUAAAAUAUAUUAAAGACUAUUUUGCUUUUUGAAAUAUCGAAACUAUCAGAUCUUAUCUGAAAAUGAAAUAAAAAUGGGAAAAAUG